CGCGAUGUUUUCUGAGAGAUUCUGCGAAGAAGAGCAGACAGGAAUUUAAGCGACGAAACGUUCAUGUUGCUGAAUGUUUUGGGUUUUUUUUAAACUAUUUUCUUUUUAGUCACACACAACUUUGAUUUUAGUAUAAUUGUUCUUCAAGGAUUUGAGAAAUAUUUAAAGCGUGCUUUGAAGCCGGGAGAAUUCAAAGCAGUAUUUGGUUCGCCAUUCUGUGCGGAGACUUCUGUCCAAACCAGUUAACGAAAAUCAUUCCUUCAACAUGGCGUAUAUGCGUGGUCGUUCAAUUAGGGAUGCAUAUGAAGAGUGCUUCUCAGGAACGGAUGCAAGAGAGGUGACAGUCCAUCGAGUUGUGAAUAUCAUUGACAGGAGGAGCCCUGCGCCUCGAGAAUUUGACAGAGGCUUUAAUGAUGACCCGUGGUAUGAUGAUUCUCGAAAUUACCAGGACGCAAGAGAAUAUUACGAGGAAGGGUGGUACCCACCUAGUGAUCGCCGAUACUUUGAUGACAGCCCUCAUUUUCGCAGAAAUUCUUCACCCUCACGAAAUGAGGGUUCAUACUCCCAAUCGUGUUACAACAGGCGUGAUCUAAGGCAUCAGCUGGUAUCAAGGAACCGUGGCAGAGCCGGUCACAAUUACCGCAGCAGAGGUCGAGGGUCAGGCCCUCCUCAAAACUCUGUGCCAGGCAGAAAAGCCAAGCCACUGCAUUCACAUCCCACCGGUCCACCUGCCAUCAAACGGGGACGCUCUCCUGGGAACAGGGAAGCCCAGCCACCAGUCCGCUCUGGAUCAAACACGAGGAGCAGGAGCUUCUCCCCCGACCGGGAAAAAGGCCACAAUCACCAGCAGGCCCAGAAAAAGCACAAGCCCAAUGUGCCAGCGAACCACACUGCCAGCAGCUCUGUUGAGGGGUCUCCUCACAGCUCAGGAUCAUCGAAGGAAAAAACUCCUGCAUCUGUAGCGGAGACGGAGGAGGUGGUGGAUGCCAGCAUGGAGCCAAAGUUGACACCAGAGGAAGACUUCAAGGCUCGCCGGUUGGAGGCCAUUAAAGCUAAGGCUCUGGAAAUUGAGACGCAUUACAGGCAGGACUGUGAGACAUUUCGCACAGUGGUGAAGAUGUUGGUGGCCAAGGAGCCCAGUUUGAAUAAUCUGCUGCAGGCUCCGCUGGAUGAGAACCUGUUGGAGAUCAAACAACGCUGCCUAGAUGACCUUAGGCAUUUUGUGAAGGAGCUGGACGAGAUCAUUGCCAAAGGGGGAAACAAGCCCAACCACAACAGCCCCCACACAUCUCCUGUCACCCAUGCCCAGACAGAAGAGGAUUUUCCACAACUUUGUUCCACCGACCCAACCAGCACUGAUUGAAAGCAAGAGGAAAGAAGGCAGCCUGGAAAUACAGGGGACUCUCCUAUGCUCUAGCUGGGAAUGAAGGAGGAGGACUGCAAACUGGGAGUACGGAGGACUCCACCCUUGUCCCAGAAGUAUUUAGACGAGAGAACCUGGACAAGAAAACAGCCAUUCUGUCGGAGAGCUACCCUGCUCCUGCUCAGCAUGAUCCUGUAAAGGGCCUUUGAAAGCGGUUGCAGCUGUACCCCUGCCAAGGUGAAAAAUUGAGCAAUUUUCAUCUCUCAAAUCCCCAGGUCUGUCAGGUUAUAACCUAUGCCAAACCAGGAUGGACACCAGACCGCCUUUCCGACCGUUUUUCCAGCCUAGCAAACAGUAUUAGGACCUCAAGGCUAGCAGCACUGUUGCCUUUGCUAGCACCCCACCAAACCUGAAAGGUCCUAAGAAAGAUAAGGUGGCCUGUGGGGUAACCUGUUACAGCCAUGCUGAAGGCCCUUGGUGCAAGGUCCAGUAUGAGGAUGGUACUUGGAUGUGUAUACUUGCUGUCCACCAACAACUGCCUGCAUCCCACCUCUGAUGGGACGGCAACCACCUGGAUCAGAGUACUAGAUGGAAUGUUAGGAGAGUGCUAAGGCAUUUUUGUUUUUAAAACUGUUUUUUAAAAUUCUUAAACGUUUUCAUCAUAACCAAUGCUGUAUUAAUUCUUGAAAAGCAAAUCUUUUGAAUUACUUUCAUUUAUUCAUUUACAUUGAAAAUGGGAGACGAACAUUUUGAGUUCAGUAUUUCUCAUGUGUUACAAGAACAAAGUACUCCAUGUGGCCAUUGAUUCAAAAACGACAAGAAAAAAAUUCACAAGACACAGCAUCCCAUAUGUUGUACAACAUGCAAAGUACAGCUAUAGUUGGUGCCAGUACCUUCUUUGUAAGGGUAAUUUGAUUUGACAAACUGUAAAAGCUGAAUAUGCAAAAUAUAAGUUUUUGAAAAACGUUUCCAGAGAAAUAAGAAUAUAUCUGCAGCUCUUUUUGGCUACAUCCAUGAAAAAUUGAAAGGUCUACCUUCAAAACUGUUACUGUUUACAUUUCAGAUUAAAGCAGCAAAUCUAUUAAAAUCUAUUGCCUCACCUGUGCAAUGCAGAGGCUGUAUGACAUGGAUUACUGAGACCAAGAGCGACAAUCUUUUAAUAGGCUUGUAACAGCAUAUGAUGUACAAUAUGUCACACUUUUCAGAUUAAUUUGUAUAUGGAAGCAUCUCUGUUUAAUGUAUUUCUCCACUCGUUUUUUAAAAUAGUGUUGCUGCACUCUUUCGGGAAAAAAACCGACUACUUCAGUCUGAUCUAAUUCUGUAAACCUGCAUUCAGUGAGUUUGUUCUUGGGAGCACUGAAACAUGCUGUAAACUCAACAUGUUAUCACUUCAUAAAAUUGUGAUGGUGUCUUUGCAGACUGUUCUAAAGUCUUUUCUACAGUUUAUAUUUUGUUGUUAUGAUUGAUACUAAGGAAAGAUCAGCUAAUACAAAUUCUCAUUGUGUUAGAUCAUAUUUUUUUACAUAUUACACUUGUUAAUCUUGCAUAGCUACAAAUUGAUACAUUACCUCAUCAGUAUACAACUUAAAACAGCUCUUUUUUUUCCGUCUUCUGAAAAAAGUAUGAUGCGAACAAAAGCUGUGAGUGGAAACAGUGUUGUACAACCCUUAAUGCAACCACCCACAAAUUGCAUUUACUGAGAUCUGAUUUUGACUGAUAGCUUAAUUGAAUCUAAAUUAGACGUUUUGGGGUAUUGUUGUAAUCAACGUUAGUGACAUUUGGCCUGGUGUUUCUGGUCUAAUGUCGUGUUAAGCGAAUGAUUAACAAUUCAGCUAUUAGAUGACUUUUUUUAAUUUUAUAAUUGUUGUAGCGGCAUUCCAUUUGAAUGUCUACAAAACGAAUUAACCCUAAGGUUGAUAGAUGCAGUCGUCCAGACUAACAUCGAGCAGUGAUUAUAACCUGACUAUUGAGAUUCUAAAUAACUGGGGACAAAACCGACUCUUUCAACAGAUCUAGACAUUACAGUGCUUUUAAUUCAGAAAAACAGCAUCUCCUUUUAAUUGCACUUGUUUACAGUGCUAUUUACAAAAUUUCGUUUUGCUUGCACAAUGACAAUAAAGACUCUUGAACCUG